GUCAGCUCCAUUGCGAUUUUUGAGCGAUGGAAACAAAUUGGGGUUAAUUAACAAGGAAUGAAAAUUGCAACGUCAAUCAAAAUCGAAAGUUGUUGUGUAAUCAAGUUCAUUGUAAUGCGAUGAUCAAAUUUUGUUUCUGUCAUCUCGACUAUGGAAGAGGUAAAAGGUGUACCCCAAAGUGAAAAGGUAAAUUCUCAUGGCAGAUCAUCAAUACAAGAUGAAAACAGAGUGGAAGAUUUUGUGUGGAAGGUUGAUGAUAUGAAAAGGUUGCGACGUUUUUUGGUGUUGGGAAGUGAAACACCCACGUACUAUAUUGACGAAAGAAAGCUAGGCUUAGAAAAUGUGAGAGCCCUUUCCAAUCUUUUGGAAGCAGGAAGGGGUUUUGAAGUUGUCAAUGAAAUAGAGAAGUAUAGCAUUGAAGGACGAACACCAAGGCAGCAAGCCAUCGUGUUUUCUCUUGCUGUUUGUGCCCGGAAGGGAGAUCUUGCCACGAAAAGACAAGCAUACAAGGCUUUAACCAAGAUCUGUCGAACUUCGACUCAUUUGUUUAUGUUUAUUGAGUUCUGCAAAAUGUUAAGUCAGUCUGGCAAAGGUUGGGGUCGUGCCCAUAGGAAUGGUGUAAAACGUUGGUACUUCGAACUGGAAUCAAAGAAACUGGCCAUGGAUAUCACUAAAUAUCAAAAGCGUGAAGGAAGAUCACACAGGGAUGUUCAAAAGUUAAUGCAUUUUAAGCCAGAAGGAAAUGAUGUUCCUGAUGAGUUGUUUGUGAUAAUGAUGUAUAUCGCUCUUGGUUGGAAGAAGCUUAAUGCUUAUUUUUCUCCACAAGAUGAGACAACUCCACGUCGUUCAAUUGGAGAGAAUGGCAAUGCAAUAUUGGAGUUUUUUAAAGCAGUUGAAGAAGUAAAAACAUUGCAAGAGGAGACAAGAGUGGUUGAACUGAUAAAUCAACAUAAUCUUGUUCGAGAACAUAUUCCAACACAUUUCCUUAAUUCCAAAGAGGUUUGGAGAGCUCUUGCUCAUAAAAUGCCAAUGACUGCAAUGCUUCGAAAUCUUGGCAAAAUGACUAAGAUUGGACUACUAGAUGAACAUUUGGCAUUGAACCAAAUUUGUGAGAAGUUAUGUGAUCAUCAAUUGUUAGAGAAAGCUCGUAUUCAUCCAUUCAAUGUUUUGGUUACACUAAAAACCUACAUGGAUGGACAUGGUGAUAAGGGGAAACUGACAUGGAACCCAAAUGAAGCUAUUGUUGAUGCACUGGAAAAAGCUUUUUACUUAUCAUUUAAGUUGGUUGAGCCAACAAACAAGAGAUACAUGUUGGCAUUGAAUGUUGGUGAAUCAAUGUCUUAUACUGGUUGUGCUGGUACACCAUGUUUAACACCACGUGUGGCUGCUGCAGCCAUGUCCAUGGUUACAGCUCGGACCGAAAGCAAACAUCAGUUUGUUGCUUUCUCUCAUAAAAUAGUUCCAUUGAUGAUCAGCAGUGACUUGACUUUAAAUGAGGUGCUACAACUUAUGAAAUUGACAGAAAUGGGAGGAACAGAUUGUGCUCAACCAAUGUUGUAUGCAAUUGAGAACAAUCUAGAGGUGGAUGUUUUUGUCAUUUAUACUGACAGUGAAACAAAAGCUGGGUGUAUUCACCCAAGCAAGGCUUUGAAAAAUUACCGUGAUCAUUCUGGCAUUCAAGCCAAACUGAUAGUUGUUGCUAUGACUUCAAAUGGUGUCACCAUUGCUGACCCAGAAGAUUCUGGAAUGCUUGACAUUGUUGGCUUUGACUCAGCUGUACCUCAAGUUAUAAGAGAGUUCGUCUUAGAUUAAGGGAACUGCAAAAGGUUUCUUCACAAAUCUCUUUGUGCAAAUCGACAAUCAAUACAAUUUUACACAGAGGCAUAACCAGGCUGCUUAUUUAGCCCUGCUAUGUACAAUUUUGGUAUGUUCACAUAAUAUGCAAACAAAAGAUUUCAAAAGAAAUAAACUAUGACAGUGUACUAAAAUUUAUAUUGGAGGACUAGAUCUUGCGCGUUGGCUAUACCACUGAUUUUACAAUUACAGAGUUAUUAGAAUAUACAUAAUAUUAAAUAUUGAUAUCAUAUAGGAACUUUUUAUUACUAACGAUCAUACAUAAUUGAAUAAUUGAUCAUAGACUUAGCACUUAUGUAUAUAAUAACUUAAGGCUCUUAGUCUUAAUAUGCUUGUUAUCUUUUCUGUUGCACUACGUAUUAUUUUAAUAAGGGAAAUUACGCCCAUGCCUUAGAAUGCAUACAAUGUUUUAUUACCAAGUUGAUACAAGUUUAACAUGCACCUAAACCAGCCCGUUUUUUACUCUCACGCAACAAUGCAAUUAUUUUUUGUUCGUUUACUGGAAAAACAAUGAAUGCAAUUAAUUCUUAUGACACGAAUAAUAAUUUUUUUGAAUACUUAGCAUUGUAAGAAUGAAAAAUUUUACUUACUUCGUCUCUGAUUAUACAUGAAUUUAUCGGCAAGACCGACCAGGUACACUAAUGUGCCAGAGCCAAGUUUUCAACUCAAUCUUUCAACCUUUUCAUAAUCAUAUUCAGCUAAACAGCAUGCUCGCUGUAAUUUCUAAUUAGUUAGCUGAUUUAAUAACUUAAUAAAUAAAAUCAAAUUAGUCGUAGUCAAAAUAAUAAAAAUACAAAUAUACAA